CCCUGGGUUACGAGGAGGAGGAGGAUGGUCGUGAGAUUAUAGUAGAGUGGGGGCGACCAGCACGAGUGCAUCCUUUGACUACGGUGCUUCGGUAGUGCUGUGCUGUCAUAAGGGGGUUUUAUUUUGAAAGAAAUACAGAAGAACAAUUAGUUUGAAAGAAAAAAUAUACGUAUUAUACCAAAAUACAAGGAGGUGAACAUGAACACAUCUGCUGGAGCCUUGGGGGCGGAGCUGACGGACGAGGAGAAGGAGAUCAUCAACAGCGUGAUCGCCCGGGCGUCCAUGAUGGAGAACAUGGAGCAGCAGAGGAUUAGCCGCCUCUCCACCCGUCUGGAUGACAUCAGGAGGACGGCGUGUGGCGACGGCCAGUCCCGCUGCCUCCUGUGCGGGGAGGCGUUCGGACCGCAGGGGGUCUCGCCGGUGCUCUGUGUUCAGUGCAGAAAGAACAUGUGUAGUAAGUGCGGGAUCUGCAGUCACAGCCGGUCAUGUCCCGUGUGGCUCUGUCGGAUCUGCAGCGAGCAGCAAGAGAUCCAGAAGCGUUCAGGGGCCUGGUUCUACAAGGGCCAGGCCCAGCAGGUGCUGCCUGGCCCACUGCCCCUCACCCGGCCCAGCAAGCCCAGCAGGGAGACCAGGGCCCAGCAGAACCACCGGGAACCAGCCCAGCAGACGAUGGAGGCCAGCGACCAACCACCACAACAAGAGCCACAACAGAGACCCAGUGGGCCAGAACACGGGUACUCUGGGCCCCGCACUGGACCCUCAGCAGGGGCCAAUGGUGACAGACGACAGCCCUCUGGACCAACCACUGGGAGAACUGCCAACGCAGAGAGAACUACCAACGCAGAGAGACCUACAAACGCAGAGAGUACUACCAACGCAGAGAGAACUACCAACGCAGAGAGACCUACAAAUGCGGAGAGAGCUACAAAUGCAGAGAGAGCUACAAAUGCAGAGAGAACUACAAAUGCAGAGAGACCUACAACCAUGGAGAAAGCUACCCCCCUCCCCAAACCAACCCCGGCCAGGUCACAAUUGGGGACUGCGCCGAACACAGUCCAACUAGGCCAACACAAGGCCCCUGCGGCAGAUGUGGAAAGUAGCUCCCUCGAGAGGUGCACCACAGCGCCCUCUUCAGGCGUCAUGAUGAAAACACAGCCGCUCGUUUCCUCUUCCCCAUCAGCGCGUACUGCUGCUGCUGCUGCUAGUCCCUCGCCAGCCCGAGUCGCGCCUCAGCAGACAGAAGAGGAUGAGGUUGACUACGACUCUGAUGAGUCCACUACUCUGGGCUUACUAGAGUUCUCCCUCCUCUAUGAACAGGAGACCCAUGCUCUACACUGCUGCAUUGUCAAAGCCAAGGGUCUGAAGCCGAUGGACUCCAACGGGCUGGCCGACCCCUACGUGAAGCUGCACCUGCUGCCUGGAGCUAGCAAGUCUAAUAAACUUCGUACCAAGACGCUGAAGCACACGUUGAAUCCUGUGUGGAACGAGACGCUGGUGUACCACGGCAUCACCGAUGAAGAGAUGACCCGCAAGUCACUCAGGCUCGCAGUGAGCGAUGAGGAUAAGUUUGGCCAUAAUGAGUUCAUCGGAGAGACUCGUGUGGCGCUGAAGAAACUCAAGUUCAACCAGAAGAAGAACUUCAGUGUGUGCCUGGAGAGGGUGGUCCAGGUGAGAACCAGCAAGAGCCAGGAUGACAUCCAUGACGGAGAGAGCAGCGAGGAGCGGGGCCGCGUCCAGGUGUCUCUGCACUACGACAGCCGGCAGGGCCGCCUGGUGGUGGGAGUGGUGCGCUGCGCCCACCUUGCCGCCAUGGACUCCAAUGGAUACUCCGACCCCUUCGUUAAAGUAUGUCUGAAGCCAGAUAUGGGGAAGAAGGCCAAGAACAAGACACAGACGAAGAAGAAGACCCUUAACCCAGAGUACAACGAGGAGUUCAGCUAUGAAAUAAAACACGGUGAGUUGGCCAAGAAGACCUUGGAUAUCUCCGUCUGGGACUACGACAUGGGCAAGUCCAACGAUUUCAUCGGCGGCUGCCAGCUGGGCAUCCAGGCGAAGGGAGAGUGUCUGAAGCACUGGUACGAAUGUCUGAAGAACAAAGACAAGAAGAUAGAGCGCUGGCACGUUCUCCUCAAUGACGACCCUGCCAAGUUCGAGGACUGAGACCUCCUUCCUUUAUCUAUCCAUCUCAUUUUGGUCCAGUGACAGUUAUCCAUUCCCAUCUCUUCCCAGUCUGAGCGGGGGCUUUUAUUCUGAAACGCACCCACGGGUUUGUGUCCUCCCUACCUUUUACGGUGUUUGUUCUGAGGCAGAAUGUGCAUGCAUGUCUAGAAUGGAUUCUGAACUCGUUGCCAAUAUGUGGCCAUUAAUAUUGAAGCAGUUUUCAGUUCUAGCAUAGGAUUUCUCUUUUAUUUUGUCAUUCAGCAUUAACCUUAUGUUAAGAGAAUGAUAAUUCCAUUUUGUGUCCUUUACUGUAGGACGGUAUGUUAUUAAGCGUGUCUUGUACCUCGUCUCUACCUCCAAAGGUGAUCUCCUGCGCUCUUAUUGUGAAAUGAGAAGAUCACAUACUGUGCAAUAAUGUGAUAUAAUGUUAUAUACCAUGCUAUGUCCCACCUUAUUUUAGUCCAUAUUCGUUUGAUUUAGUAGUCUGUACUAAGAUGAAAUAUCUUCUUACCUGUUAUAUUUAUCCUGGAAAUAUUGUAGAUUGUUAGCGGCCAAAAGACAGUUGGUAUUACUGACCUAAAUAAGUCUGGUUUGUGUUAAUAUAUUAAAAGUCAUCAGAAUGAAUUGACUAGCCUACUAGCUCCUACUAUGCUCUUCUGCAACUGCAUGGCUAUGUAUCUCUCCCUCCCUCUCUGUGUGGUCCUCUCGCUAACACUAUCUCUGUAUCUCUCUCUCUCUUUUGCUCUCUCCCUAAACAUCUCUCAGAAUCUCUCUCUGUAUCUCCCUUUAUUUCUCUUUCUCUAUCUCUCUUUAUCUCCAUAUAGUGUAUAAUUAUCUUGCUUUAUCACUCUAUCUCUCAAUCCUUGUCUGUUUGAGCCUCUCAAUAGCUCUCUAUCAUAUCGUAUCAUAUCACUCUUUAUUUAUUUCUGUAUUCGAUCGUCUUUCUCUAUUUUUCUGUUAUCAUACAUAUUAUUUAUUUAUUUCUCCAUCUCUACAUUCCCUAUCCUAAGAAAAAUGCCUCCAAUAUUUUAUGCAUGCAUCUUACACCAUCAUGUACAACUAUUUUUUAAAAAUGUUGAUCGUUUAGGCCGGGCAUUAAUUGAAUUUGUCUGUAUGAUGCUUAUGACUUGCAAUUGGUGGUGCCACUUCAAAAUCAUCUUCAUUUUUCAUUCUUGGUAUAGACGACCGAUUUAUUGUUUGAUUGUGUAUAGGCACACCGAUAAUGUAGCAUACAUUCUUGUUGGUAAAUAAAAACAUUGUGCAAUCAC